AUGGAAGCUCGCAUGGACAAUAGGUAUAAGACGACCGAAGGCGUCGCCCAGCAAGGCUCACUGAAGCAGGACGACAUUCGAACCAGCUCAAGCUCCAAUCCCAAGAAACACGAGCAUGACAAUCCACGACUCGUUCGCCGCGUAGGAACACACAAACUCAUCACCUGCGUAGGCGUCUACUUCUCCCUUGGCCCGAACCGGUGUUUCUUCGCCCACAUCAACGCCCUUGUCAUGCGACAGCACAACUGGAGAUUGUGGCGAGACGAAUAUCAGCGCGACGUCAAGGACGAAGGCGAGGCGGAGUAUUACAGACGCCGAGUCAACUUCCAGCUGGAGCAGCAUGCCAAGUGGAAUGCUUGGGAUCCGGCUGAGCACAGGUCCGAUAUUGCGCGGUCGUUGAUCAUUGCUUGUCCGGUAAUGGAAGGAAGGACUGUACUUCUGGGGGUUGAGAGUGAGAAGGAGGUCGAGGGGCACAAAAAAUCUGGGUUCGUCGUUGAACAUCCGGGUGGAAAGCCCGUGAUGCUAUCCUAUGAUGCGACUGAAGGUCUUCCACCGCCUGAGUUGGAACAGUACGCGCCUCUGGAUGAGACAAACGUGGAGCAGUUUGAGAUCACGCUUGACCUCAAUCCAGGCAGCAAUAGCUGGUCGCCACUCAUGUGA